CCACGACCCAUGUCUACACAGGAGCAGUUCGACGCAGCGGUUGCGUGGCUCUCGUCGUCGAGCCAGGCGUCCGGCCUGGGAAACGACAAGCGGCUCGAGCUCUAUGGCCUGUUCAAGUUUGCCAACUCGUCCUCCGGCCCUACCGGAUCGCGCCCGGGCAUCUUCUCAUUUGAAGGCCGCGCCAAGUACGACGCCUGGGCACGCGUCGCUGCCGAGUACGCAGGGCGGGAGGAUGCCGCGCGCGCACGAUACGUCGAGCUCGCCCGCGGUGCCGGCUGGGCCGAGGGGAAGGUGGCCGAGGAGGAGGAGGAGGAAGGGGGUGAAGACGGCGCGGAGAGGAAACCGUCCGGCGGAGGCGGGCUCAGCUUCGGCCCGUCCGUCAGCAUGAUGGUGCAGACCGACGAGGGAGGCCCCCAGAGCCUCGUCCAUGACGCCGCAUCCACGGGGUCAGUAGACCAACUCAAGCAGAUUCUCGCAAGCGAUAGGAGUUUGCUGGACGCAAAAGACGAGUUUGGAUUCACGCCGCUGCACCUCGCUGCUGAUCGCGGCAAUGUGGACGCUGUCAAGCUCCUCAUCUCUCUAGGAGCUGACAAGUCCAUUCUGGAUCCAGACGAACAAACAGCAUUGGACAUUGCCAAAAUCUCAGGACGUGAAGAUGUUGUGAGCCUCUUGGGCUAG